UCCGCCUCGUGCGUUCGCGUCGUUUCGCUGUGAUGUGGAAUUAAACUAUUACUAUUAUUAUUUAUUUGUUUUUGUGCGUGCAAUAUAGUGGUAUUUGUGUGUGUGUCUGUUUGUGUUUGUGUGAAAAAUGCCCUAAAAUGCAGCGAACGCAUUGGAAUAAGGACAAGCCGGAGGACAGGAACAACAACAGUGGCAGUGGGAGGGAGCAGGAUAGCGGCUGUCAUCAGCGUCUCUUCCUGUGCAUUGCCAAGGCUGUGAAACAAUUCAUCGAUCUCUGCAACAACCUGGGUGCUAACUGCAGCACGACGACAGCCACAUCCCCGUCAGCUUCCUCCUCCUCAGCCAGCAGCACGCAGAACUUAAUAGCGAUUUUGCCGCCACACACACAGCAGCUGCAGGUGCAACUACCGGCGGCACCGGGCGAUGGAGGAGGUGGUGGCGGUGCGCCCGUGAGGCGCCACAUAUCGCAUACGACAGCCGUCAAGUUUCUGUACGCCCGUAAAUUCGAUAUACCGCGAGCGGUCUCGCUGUACGAGCAGCAUGAACAGAUCCGACUCAAGGAGUAUCUCUAUAACAUCGAUCCGGAUGUGGAGCCCUUGCGCUCCGAGCUGCAGACCGGCAAGUUUACCAUCCUGCCCGCCCGCACCUCCAGUGGGGCCGCAAUCGCCCUCUUCACCGCCAAUCGACACAGUCCGCUGAGCGUUUCGCACACGACCACGCUGCAGGGCAUCGUCUAUCAGCUGGACAGCGCGCUCCAGGAUUCGGAGACGCAGCGCGCCGGCCUCGUCUUCAUCUACGACAUGAGCUGCUCCAAGUACUCGAACUUUGACUACGACCUCUCCCAGAAGAUUCUCACGCUGCUCAAGGGCGGCUAUCCGGCGCGUCUGAAGAAGGUGCUGAUCGUGACGGCGCCGCUGUGGUUCAAGGCGCCCUUCAAGAUCCUGCGUCUGUUUGUGCGCGAGAAGCUGCGCGAGCGGGUGUUCACUGUAUCGGUGCCUCAGUUGGCGCUGCACGUGCCGCGCAAGGCGCUGCCCAUUCACUUGGGUGGCACGCUGGAGGUCGAUCACGCCACAUGGUUGCUCAGCUGCCGCCAAUCGAUGACGAAUCGUGAGGACGAGCUGCUGGCCAAUAUUGUGGGUGUGGCCGGAUCUGGCUCUGCAACUGGAUCGUCGGCGGCAGUGGCCACCAAUGGCACGGAAUCGGCAGAGGCGGCCACAACGGGUGCCACGAUAAUCAGCGCCGUUCAUCUGCUGGGCGAUAACAAUACCACCGUGGUGACGGUCAGCAAUGGCGUGGGUCCAGCCGGAGGAGCUGCGUCCGCGGCGGCAGCGUCAGCAGUGAGCUGCAGUUCCGAGCCCAACGAAAACAUCACAAUCAACGGACUGAGUCCCAGCCACCGUCAGCAGGCGAGCAACAGCAGUAGCAGCGGCAGCAACAGCAACGCCACAGCAGCCAAUCCCCUCAAGCUCAACACGAGUGGUUCGGCGGAGAGCAACAGCACCACCGCCGCCGCCACAGCAGCAGGAGCAGCUGGAGCAACUGGUGGCACCACCAACACCACCACCACCACCACCAACGGGGGCGGCGAAUUCUGGUCAGAGAAUCCGCCAAGUAGCGCCUCGUCCGGCUUCAGCGACGACGACAGUCUGGCCGGCCAGGAGGGCGACCCGAAGCCCAUCGAUCAGAUUGUCCAGAUGGUGAAGCAGCGCGGACGCCAUGGGCUGAUCAAGGAGUACGCGGACAUUCGGAAUAGGGCGCCCGAGGGCACCUUUUUGCAUGCGAGGAUGCGCGCCAACCUGACCAAGAACCGCUACACAGACGUCCUCUGCUACGAUCACAGUAGAGUGGUGCUGGCCCACGAAGACGGCGACGAGCCGUCGGAUUACAUAAAUGCGAAUUUCGUCGAUGGCUACAAACAGAAGAAUGCCUAUAUUUCAACUCAAGGUCCAUUACCAAAGACAUCCCAGGACUUUUGGCGCAUGAUCUGGGAGCAACAUUGUUUAGUUAUAGUGAUGACGACGCGCGUUAUGGAGCGCGGACGCGUUAAAUGCGGCCAGUACUGGGAGCCGACUGAAGAAAGUUCCUUAGAGUUUGGCGACUACCAUGUGCGAACAAUUAGCGUUGAGUGCAACGAGGACUAUAUGGUGGCCUCGUUGGAAUUGAGAAACAUAAAGACUGACGAAAUACGCAAUGUCUCACAUUGGCAGUUCACCAGCUGGCCGGACUAUGGGGUGCCCAGCUCGGCCAUGGCCAUGCUGAACUUCCUGCAGAAGGUGCGCGAGAAGCAGGCGGAGCUGGUCAACGCACUGGGCGACACCUGGGCGGGUCACGCCCGCGGACCGCCCAUUGUGGUGCACUGCAGUGCAGGCAUUGGACGUACAGGCACAUUCAUCACCCUGGACAUAUGCAUAUCGCGGCUGGAGGACGUGGGCACGGCGGAUAUACGCGGCACCGUGGAGAAGAUCCGGUCGCAGCGAGCCUACUCCAUCCAGAUGCCCGAUCAGUAUGUGUUCUGCCACCUGGCCCUCAUCGAGUAUGCCUAUUCGCGCGGAAUGCUGCAGACCGUCGAUCUGGCUGGCUUCGAUGAGCGCGAACAGGACUCGGAGUAGGCAGGCCGUCGUCUCCUCCAGAUGUCUGUGGAAAAAAGCGGACCGGAAAACAACUUGUAUACAGAAUAAUUUUUACUUUUUACCUUCGCAAAUUGGUACACACAGUCUUCAGGAAUGGGGCAAAAAACGGACGAGAAACCGAAUAAUUCUAUGUUUUACCUUUUGCAAAUUGGAGUUUUAACAUUUUUCCGACUAGAUGUUCGUCCUGAUUAUGAUAUAAUAUGAUAUGAUAUGAUGCGAGUGAAACGAUGAUGGGAAGCACCGAUAGAUUCCGAGGUACGAGGAAGUUGAAAAUGUGUAGAGUGUAGAGUAACAAAUUUACGUUAAUCUAUUAUUUUUUUUUUAAAUAUUAUUACAUACCAAGCUAUAGUUGUAUAGCAAAAACAUCUAUAUAUAAACAUUAUUUAAAUUAAAUUUAAACUAAAUGAAAAACAAAUAGCUAAAAAUAAAGAAGAAACAAAAACAAAACAAAAUAAAAUCAAAACCAGCCGCAUUAGCGAAACAAAGCUAGAAAAUAAACAGCGAAGAGUGUUUAAACAUCAUGACAAAGUUAACUAGAGUCCGAUGAAGAUGAGGAGUACAACGAAGGCAAAUAGGAUCAGGAUCCUGAUGAGGAUGAGGAUGAGGAUGAGGACGAGGACCAGGAUCAAACCGUCCGGCGGAGAGUCAGAAUCGGAGGAGCGGACAAUUCUUGUGCAUUUUGCCCCCCAUCUCAACCCAAGAGGAACCACGGCGAGUUGCAAAUUUCCUAAAAGCAACCAACUAGUUACACACAUAACUUAUAUAGCAUAUGCCUAGAUCUACGUACCGCAUAUAUAUAUGAAUAUAUGUAUAACGAAUAUAUAACUACCAGAGGAAAUCAGAUAUAAGCACUGUUCAAUGUUGUUGCCCACGAAAAUAGCCCAAGGGAAGAGGAGAUCUUCUCCAGCCUGCCCUCCUGGCCGCAUCUUCUCCAGAUGUGACCCAAACCGAAACCCCCCACCCCCCAGAAAACUCUUCGCCUCCCAGCUGUUAAAUGUGUUUUUUUUUUGUUUUUACCCCCAAUUUUUUUUUUCUUUUGCUAAUUCUUUACAAAUAUUUAUAAUUAGAGCAAAAUUAAGUGUAUUAUCGUGCAGAGGGUCGUAGUGAAUUUUACUAACAAUUAUUUUACCAACUAAACAUAAAUAGUUGAAAGAGUAUUACAGAAAACAAGAAAAUAAGAAACAUAUAUCUAACAUGCCUUCUUUCCUACAUAUUUCAUAUGCCAAGCGAAUCUAAAACGGAUCUAAUAAUCGUAAUGAAAACAAAUGAAGGAAAACCAAACAUAUUUUGUAUUACUUUUUUAAAUAACAAGAAGAUCUAUAUAAAAUUAUGAAUCAAGUCAAGAAGAAUGGCAGCUUUCUCGAACAGAAAUGAAAACGAAAUACGAAAUAUUAAGUGUAAUUAUGUGUAUGUAAUGUCGGACAGAAUGCAUUUUCUUCGUGCAUCUUUGCGAAAGUAUUAUAAAUAUUUAUAUAUAUAUAAAAAGAAAUUAAGUGCAUAUACUGCGACACACAUCUGCAAGAAAGAUAAAUAUACGUUUUUUUUUUCGUCAUGUUUGUAUGCAUGUAAAUACGAAUACCUACGAAAUAUAUAGUAUUUUUGGUGCGAACUCAAAGAUUGCCCGCGCACUGUGCUCCAAAAAGAAAAACACUCUCCAUACACACACUCUACCACUCACACGAAUAUCAUUAGAAUUGUAAAAGCUGUGAUCAAACCCGAAUGAAAGAUGCAAGUCGAAAUUGGAGCCACAGAUACUCCUCGCACAGCCAGUCAAGUCAGACCAUUGAAGUCAUAUGUAUACUCUACAAUAAUACUUAAUCGCAAAUCGCAGAACAGAACCAUUUUCAAUUCUUUCAAAGGCCUUUUCCGAGAGAAACAAAGAACAAGAAACCUAACCAGAUUGCAUAAUGAAUAAUGAAUAAUGAAUAAUGAAUACUCACCUCCCAGAUCGAUGGACGUUCUAUUUUUAUAAUGCUUGACACAGAGAUCAUACUGCAUAUAAUCGAAAAACCCUAAAAAGGAGACCCAAAAAGAUACCACGAUGAUAACUAUAAAUAUUUUUUGUAGGCUCCAGUCGCGGAGUGGAGGAAAGAAUUUAUUUAAAAUAUAUAUAUAUAUAUAUAUAUAAAUAUAUAUCUAUGUAUUAACACAUGUAUGAAAAUUAGCAAAAUUUCUUCAAGUGUAAUUUAAAACUUAGCUAGAGUCACAAGCCUUUGUUUUCCGUUCAAACGAAGUGUAAAGAGAAUUACCUAGUACGAGUACUCAAAAGUGUUGCCUGUGUCACGAUGCUUUCAGAAAGCUUUGCUGCGCACAACAUGCACCGUAAAAAAAAAAUCGAAAAGCCACUCACAAGAUCGAUCGAUCCAGCCCACCCUUAACCAACUCUUGAAUAGAUCUAUCCACUAGCAUCCCCUAGCCGCUACUUUCCCCCAGCAUAUUGAAUACUCGCAUUUGUCGCGCACUUUAAUAAGAGAUACCACUAAUCCCGGGAGACAGACACAUCUCCAUCACUCCAGCAAUCCAGUAAUCCGGUAAUCCACUGACCCAGCUCAAAACCACAGGGAGACACUGUACAGACACCGGCAAACCAGUCCAAGAUCCAGUCCAAAAGCCCAAAAAACAUGGAAGUCUUAGCCUAGAGAAAUGGUCGCAUAAUAUUUAAGGGCAUUUAAGUAUAUGUUAUCAUUUCAUGAAGACAAACGAAACCAAAAUACAACUUGAUGUAAAAGCAAAAUGCAUUUUGCAGUUAAAAAACAAAAACAAAUAAAAGUAACAAAAGAAAAUUGUGGAUAAAAUACAUA